ACAUACCCAGCUGUUAUUAAUUUUUUGGCUUUCCCGGACAAUUAUUACCAAUUUCCCUUUCCCUCCCUUUUUCUUCUCUCCAAAUAAAACCCCCAAACUCACUCACGCCACAAUCAAAACAACUUUUCCUCUCUUCACUCAAAUUCUCGUUCAAAAACCACCACUGCCAUGCCUCUCGACCCCGCCGCCGCCGCCACAACCACCACAUCACGACCCAUCUCGCCGCUCCCUCAGCCGCAGAUGCAGCAGCACCACCACCAUUACCCUUCCCAGCAACAAACCCUCCCAAUUCGCGCCCCCAACCCCCACUUCGUCUACCCCUUUGCGCCCAAAGGCGUCCGAGCCGCCGAUCAAGGCCCGUUCCCGCCGCCUUCCAUGAUGCACGGCGGCGUGCCCUUGGACUACUUCAGUCACGCCUUGCACGUGGCCCGGCCGCCGACUCACGUGCCGUUCUCUCACGCCGCCGCCGCAGCACCUGCCGCCUCGCCUCCCGUUAAAAAGUCGGCUGCUCGGUCUGCGGUUGCUCAUGUCAAUGGCGGUAAAGAUACGAAUACGAGGGAAAAAAGCAGAGAGGAUACCUACAUUGUUGUUAGAGAUCGAAAAGUCAGAAUAACUGAGGAUGCUUCUCUAUAUGCACUUUGUAGAUCUUGGUUGAGAAAUGGUAUAAAUGAAGAAAGCCAGUCACAGCAGAAAGAUGUAAUGAAGGCUCUUCCUAAACCAUUGCCUGCAUCUAUGGUGGCUAGUUAUCUGUCAAACAAGAAAGAAGAUGAAAAAGAUGAAGAUGAGAAGGAAGAGAAUGAGCAGUCUGUUGAGCACUUAUCACCUCAAGAUCUAUUGAAGAGACAUAUUAAACGUGCCAAGAAGGUUAGAGCUUGUUUAAGGGAAGAACGGUUACAACGUAUCACAAGGUAUAGAAGUAGGCUUAGGCUUUUGCUUCCUCCAGCCAUUGAACAGUGUAGAAAUGACACAGCUGCUGGGAACUAACCUUGCUGACUAUACGGACAUCAAGAUUUUUCAGCAUUUCUCGACAAUUUCUACUUUGGCUGGUCUUUCUUCAGGAAAUUGCCAAUAGUUAGAGCCUAGUGGUUGAAUGAAAUACCAAUGACUCAGAAAUCACUGUCUGCGUAGACCAUUGUUUCUUCUUGUGGGCUGAUAGGUAUGACGUAUCCCUUGGAAGAUUAUAAAUCAUUUAUUUUUUGGGAGGAUCAUGCAUUUGGAUUAACUUAUUUUUGAAGAAAAAUAGUUUUAACAAAAAACUUGUGAUCUUUUUUCAAUUCAAAAAACAAUUGUCUUGAAUUUAAUCCAUUGUUAAACAUGUACAUGUAAGUAUCUAGUGAGUAUAUAAAAAAAAGUAUCGGGUGCUUAGUGCAUGGCUGCCAUUUCAUCAGCA